AUGGACUCCCCCAUCGUGGCCCAGCUCUUCCGGCAGCUGUUUCGCAAUCGUUCUGCAGGAUGCCAAGCGCGGGUGCAGCAAUUGCGCCGUGGAUUCCCUGCGGCCACCACAAGCAGCUACCGGCAUCAACAUCACCACCAGCAGGCGAGUUCGUACGCUACGCGAGCCUCCCGAGACCGUGGCAUGAAGUCAAAUGAAAGUCGCUGGCAGCAGAGAACAAACCUUUUACCCGAAGACAGACGGGAGGAGUUUGCGCAGUACCCGUACAUUUCCAUGUCGGAGCUGAAGAAGCGCAAGGAGCGGCCGAGAAAAGUCAAGAUGCUUCUCCGUGACUUUAUCGACGACAGCUUAUACAACCCUUCAUACGGGUACUUUUCCAAACAAGCCGUCAUCUUCUCCCCGGGUGAACCUUUCGACUUUACCACUCUCCGCGACGACCUUGCCUUCCAGUCCGAGCUCGGCCGCCGCUACACCUCCUUCGAAGACCAUCUCGACGACGUCGAAGGCGAGAACCCAACCCGCCAGCUGUGGCACACGCCCACGGAGCUCUUCCGCCCAUACUACGGCGAGGCCAUUGCCCGCUACCUCGUCACCAACUACCGCCUAACAACCUAUCCCUACGACGACCUGCUCAUCUACGAAAUGGGCGCCGGCAGAGGCACCCUCAUGCUCAACAUCCUCGACUACAUCCGCGAAGUAGACCCCCAAGUGUACGCCCGCACGCGGUACAACAUCAUUGAGAUUUCCACCAACCUCGCCUCCCUCCAGAACAAGCACCUCCUCUCGACGGCCGAGUCGCGCGGCCACAGGGACAAGGUGGACAUUGUGAACCGCUCCAUCUUCGAAUGGGACCAGUACGUCCCUUCGCCGUGCUUCUUCCUCGCCAUGGAAGUCUUUGACAACUUCUCCCACGACUGCAUCCGGUACGACGUCGCCACGGAGGAGCCGCUCCAGGGACACGUGCUCAUCGACGGCGACGGCGACUUCUACGAGUUCUACGUCCACGACCUGGACCCCGUGGCCGCGCGCUUCUUCCGCGUCCGCCACGCCGCCACGGGAGGCAACUAUCCGCGUCCGUACCCCACGAACCCUGCGCUCAAGUGGCUGUCCACCAAGAUGCCCUUUGCCGCGAACCUCUCCGAGGCCGAGUACAUUCCCACCCGCCUGAUGCAGUUCUUCGACGUGCUGGAAAAGCACUUUCCGGCCCACAAGCUGCUCACCUCUGACUUUGACUGGCUGCCCCAGGCCGUGAAGGGGUUGAACGCCCCCGUUGUGCAGACGAGGUACCAUCGGAAAAUGGUGCCCGUCACAACGCCGCUGGUUCACCAAGGCUACUUUGACAUCUUGUUCCCCACCGACUUUCGCAUCACCGAGGCCAUGUACCGCGCCGUCACGGGCAAGCUCACGCGCGUCAUGACCCACGGCGAUUUCAUGCGUCGCUGGGCAUACGUGGAGGACACGGAGACGAGGAGCGGCGAGAAUCCCCUGUUGACCUAUUACAAGAAUGCUAGUGUUCUUGUUACUGUCUAG